AUGGCGUACACCGAUGAUGCCGUUAAGGCUAAGCUCUCCGCUCUAAAUGAGACGCAGGAGGGCAUCGUCACCGUCGCGCAGUGGAUUAUGUUCCAUAGACGCCAUGCCGACAGGACCGCCCAGUUGUGGUCCCAGAGGCUAUCCGAGUCGACGUCGAGCAAGAGGUUGAAUCUUAUAUACCUCGCAAACGAAGUUAUCCAACAAUCGAAGGCGCGCAAGAAAAACGAAUUUGUCCUGGCGUUCGCUCCGAUCCUCGGCGAUGCGGUCGCCAAUGCCUACAAAAGUGCCACGAACGACAUACGACAGAAGAUCCGGCGCGUGAUCGAGGUCUGGAGAAGCCGGGCGAUAUUCGACCCGCCCGUACAAGACGCGAUCGAAGCGAAAGUGGACGACAUCGACAAAUCGCAAGGCCCGGCACGAAAACAAGGACUCGGCGGCUCGCUCCUUUCAUCGUCCAGCGGUGGUGUGCCGCCAGAACUGCAGCCGUUGGUGACAUUGCACAACGUCCUCACCAAGGCCGACUCUAGCGCCAAACCCGCCCUGACCAACUCUGAAGCCGAAUUCGAAAAGCUGACGGAUCCGUCCGCUCUGGUGCCAACACCUCCCGUCCACGCUGCACGGCUGAGUUCGCUACUGAAGACGCUCGCAACCGCCGAGGGCGCCGUCAGCGCGAGCAUCAAGGCACGCAAGGCGCUCGUCGAAGGCCUGGAGAAGAUCGUUGAGGCGAAUAAUGCCGCCCUUGCGAGCGAGGAGGUGCGGAAAUUCGAACUCCAGGGCCGAAAGGAGCAGAUCGAAGCAAAGAAGCGCGAGGUGGAAGACAGUAUCAUGCGGGGGUUGAACGCAGAGAAUCCGACCGACCUUGACGCGCUGGCCCCGGGCGUCGACGAGCCGCGGAGACCGAAGUACGAAUCCAUCACGCCGCCACCGGUCGAAUCUCUCACGCCAACGGGGACUCCGCCGCCGAUGCCGUUUGGAGGAUCCAACGGAACGGGAAAUCACACGCAGCAGAACGAU